UUACGAUGAUUAUGUCAGCACUACGUUAAAAUCCCCACUGCCCACCUGACCCUCUUGUCACAAAUUAUUCUUCCCCCUCUCUCUGAUUCCCCGCCAUCGUCAAAAGUAAUACCUUUUCUUCUUCUUCUUUCCUUACAUAGCUCCGCUAUUGCAAGUGUCUGUUACUCUGUUUCCUAAAUCUUUCUGACAUGGAUGCAGGAAAUUGCCUUGAGGCGGUCGCUAUGCGAGUUGCAUUGGAAUGGGAGAGAGAAAAGACCAGGGUUAUGAAAGAGUCGUUGAGAGAUGAUGAACUUGCACUUCUAGAGAAGGCGCUAGAACACUCCAUGCUAAUGGGAAAGAAGGAGGAAACGCUUGCAGAGAUAGAAUUACAGGAAAAACUGAUUGACGAUUUCAUGGUUUUCAUUGGAGCUGUUGAGAAUAACGAUGUCGAGAUUGCUCAGAAUUUUGAUGAGAAAGCUAUGAUGGACGCUAUUGUUGCUAUGCUGAACAGUGAGGGCAACUCUGGCGGGAACGGUGAAGGACUUGGCGGCGCUUACGGCGGGCAUAACGAUCUUGACGUCGCUAUUGAAGGAACAGGGCGUGACGGCGGUGAAGGCAGCUAAGCUGGUGGAGACGGCUGCAGUUGCAACUGUGACCGCCGUAAGUAGUGUCGUUGGUGCAAACGGCGGCAGUUGCUAUGGUGACCACCGUAAGUUGGGUCAUUGGUUAUUGGUGGGUAAUGGAGAAAUGGUAUUUAAUGAUCUGUUUUUGUAAUAAUUAUGAGUAACUUGUUUACAAAUACCUAUACUUAGCUUUGUUCUGCUAAAACUUGGAUUUCUUGAAGUGCGUUAAAGGCACGUCUUCUGUGGAUUUAAUUCAAUAAACUUCUGCUGGAAAGUGAUUGAAAUAUGA